AAAGGACUGCUACAGUAUCCUGGACGCAGACGCACUACCGCACUACUUUUCGCCAUCCGACGCGCCUCAUACAUGGGUCUCUUGUCUCUCGGCACGCCCCUCGCCUGGGAUGACGCGAAACAGUACGCCGACCACGUCAGGAAACAUGGCAUAACCCAGUUCUUGAACAUCUGGAAUCGGGUCAAGGACAGAUGUGGAGACGAACUGCUCUGGGGGGACGAGAUAGAGUAUAUGGUUGUCGCUUUCGAUAACGCGGAACGGAAUGCAAAGCUCUCCCUCCGCCAGACGGAGAUCCUCGCGAAGCUCCAGACCAUCGUCGAGGACAUCGCCUGUGGAGUUGACAAAAGUGCUGUGCCGACAUACCAUCCUGAAUAUGGACGUUUCAUGCUCGAGUCGACGCCAGGCUCUCCGUAUACCGGACAUCUGACGGACCUGCUUACUGUGGAGAAUAACAUGCGUAUUCGGCGCCAUAUUGCUCGACGUUACCUGAAGACAAACGAGCUCCCCUUCACACUGACGUCCUUCCCCCGUCUCGGCGUGCCGGGAGUCUUCACAGAGCCACACUACGACCCUGCGGACGCAGUUUCUAGUCACAGCCUCUUCCUUCCAGAAGAGAUAACGAAUCCUCAUGCUCGUUUCCCAACCCUGACGGCAAAUAUCCGGCGGAGAAGGGGUUCGAAAGUCGCCAUUAACCUUCCUUUGUUCAUUGACGAAAACACUCCACGGCCAUUUGUCGACCCGACUAUCCCAUGGCAGCGGAACAUCUACCCGGAGGACCCAGAGGCAAAACAGGGUGCGGCAAAGAUAGAUCACAUCUACAUGGAUGCUAUGGGUUUCGGCAUGGGCUGCAGCUGUCUACAGCUCACUUUCCAAGCGUGCAAUGUGAAUGAAGCACGGAAGCUGUAUGACGCCCUGGUUCCGCUAGCCCCGCUCAUGCUCGCCCUGACCGCUGCAAGUCCACUGUGGCGCGGGUACAUUGCUGAUGUUGACUGCCGGUGGGACGUCGUGUCUGCGAGUGUCGACGAUCGGACCGAAGAAGAGCGAGGAUUGAAACCAUUAAAGAGCGGCAGGUUCCAAAUACCCAAGUCACGUUAUGCAAGCGUGAGCUUGUACAUAUCGGAUGCUUGGUACAACCGCCCGGAGUACAAUGAUAUUCAUGCACCGUAUGACCGCGCAAUCUAUGACCGCCUGAUCUCCCAAGGCAUCGAUUCUCAGCUGUCGAGGCACAUUUCUCACUUAUUUAUCCGGGAUCCCUUGGUAAUCUUUUCUGAGAUGAUUGAUCAGGAUGAUGCGACUAGUAAUGACCACUUCGAAAAUAUUCAAUCCACCAACUGGCAAACGGUUCGCUUCAAGCCGCCGCCGGUCAACUCGCCCAUCGGCUGGCGGGUCGAGUUCCGUUCAAUGGAAGUACAGCCUACUGACUUCGAAAACGCCGCCUUUGCCGUCUUCAUUGUCCUCCUCUCGCGGGCUAUCCUGCAUUACAGCCUGAACAUGUACUUGCCCAUCUCGAAGGUGGAUGAAAACAUGGCUCGGGCCCACAAGCGGGAUGCGGUGAGCACCGAGAAGUUUUACUUCCGAAAAGACAUCUUCCCUCCCGGGGUACCCUCCCCGCUGUCCACCCCACUGUCUAGCCCGCACUCCUCGGGUGCGAGCUCCCCUGUGGAACCCAACGGCGCUGGCGGGUUGCCACGCAAAGCGCGCAAGCUCAAUAACUGCUUUGCGGAGGUGCCGAAGCCUGAGAAUGGCCAUAAAUUUGGUCCGAUCGAGGAGGAAUAUGACGAGUACACUCUGGGCGAGAUAAUCAACGGCAAGGGCGACCAGCUUGGCCUUCUGGGACUCGUGUACUCGUACCUCGACACGUUAGAGGUCAGGCCCUCCGAGAUGAUCAGGAUCCACGAGUAUCUAGACCUGGUUAAACGGAGAUCGAACGGCUCGCUUGUUACCCCGGCUACUUGGAUACGUAACUUCGUGCGCUCGCACCCUGCGUACAAGUUCGACUCUGUCGUCUCGCAGGAUAUCAAUUACGACCUUCUUGUGGCUUUUGACGAAAUUGAACGCGGUGUUCGGCAAGCACCAGACCUAAUGCCCGAAUCUUACUCGCCUGAAAGGGCUCAAUACAGACCGGCCUCACCGCAGUCCAUGGCGACAUCCAAGUCGGCCUAAAGGAUGUGAUACUGCGCUUGGGCGACAAUGCUUUGUGAUAUAUUCCUGGAACACAAGACAUAUCUUUGCUUAGACCUCUCCGCCCAUCCUACCCCACCAUGUAGCUUUCCAGACCUGUCUUGUUUUACGCUCGGUAGCAACUUGGUCGGCUGCAAAAUCCUGUCCUGUCUGGCUGACGAAUAAGGGACUCUUUGUAGAUUACAUUGCCUUUCAGCGCAUCCGACAUGUAACAAUACUCUUAACAAGCAUGCAAGAGUUUCAACAUCGAGACUGCCAAUACUUUCUCUACACCUUUUGAAUACGGUCUACUUUCCUCUGUGCCUCCUGAGAGCCUCCUGCACGCCUACGCCCGCCUGAAUAUCGGCCAUGCACCUUGCAUCGACCUCUCUGCCUUUCUCAGCCAAUCUGAGAACGUCUGUAGCCAGAUCUGGAGUGACGACUACAACACCAUCCUCAUCUGCAACCACAAUGUCGCCCGAGUUCACAAUGGCAGGAGCGAAUGCGCCCUCCGAAUCGGGGACGACACCCCCUGGCGAAAUUGUGACUGGAACAUUCACAGCGGAAGGGCGCGUGAAGGGCGACUGUCCAAGCGUCGAAUGGCCCCUAGCGAAGACGGGGAAGUUGGACGAGCGAUGCUCUGCGAGGUCUCUACAACGUCCAGAUAUAACGACGCCUUGCGCUCCGCGACUCUUCGCGCCUGCGGUCAUGAGCCCGCCCCAUACAGCGUUUUUGACCUCUGCGAAGGAACAGAAGAAGUGGUGAAAGCGAGCCCAGGAAACAGAGAGUGGGACGGCAGAGAUGGAGCAAGUCUCAGCGGUGUUUAUGCGGAGAGAAGAGAGAGCACACUGAACGAGGGGGAGCUGCAAUAACUAUCACAGACCCUGCUGGCGCGGUGUCGACGAAGUGCGAAGACAGCCCAGGAGCAGACGUGUCAGACCCCAGGACCAUCUGCACUGUGUAGGCUGGGCCACAGAUGCGUGCGCUUUCCGACUCUGUCGUGCGGGGAGACGGCGAAAGUAUGUGGAUGUCAGGAAUAUGGCCGCCAUGGGGAACACCUAGCUUGAUAAGAGCGUCUGAUAUCUCACAGGUUGAGAAUUGAGAAAGAGGAUGCGUAGGUGAGGUCGACAUUGCGCGCAGGAGAGGCUGCAAUCUGCUCAAC